UUGUAGCAUGGAAAGCUUGUGCUUUUUGUCAGGGGGAAGUUUGCUUUGUCAAAGAAAGAUUUCCUUAUAAACUGUGAACCUCUUAUUUGAAUAAGAUAAAUCAUGAACAUUUGUUGACUCUGGGGACAGCCCACCCAUGGUAGAUUUGCAGUAUAACCAAGUGAGUGGAGCUGGAAAGACUGAAGUCUGUUUCUGCUUUGCCACUGAUGUGUUUGGUGUCUUUAAGCAGACUCCACAUACAGUCACUGUACGUGUACUCAAUAUGUUUGAAAAGUUGAGACAGGAGACAUACGUGUAAUCAUUCCCAAAAUGAUCUUAGGAGAUGAAAACCACAAUGCCUGAAAAAGUGCAUAGGAUGGGAAUAACAUCAGAUGACACAUUCUAGAAGAAAAGGAUUCAACUGUCAGUAAUUAUUCUAUUAAGAAUUUGUACAAUCUUGUACAAAAAUGGCCUCCCUAAAAGACAUCCUGAGAAAAAGUUUGAAGAUGGUCCAUGGCUGUCCUAUGGUCUAUGCUUUUGCAAACAACUGGGAAGAGGUUGAACAGUUCCGAAGCAGGCCCGAUGACAUUGUGAUAGUCACUUACCCCAAAUCAGGAACCACUUGGGUAAGUGAAAUUGUGGACAUGGUUUUAAAUGAUGGAGAUGUCGAAAAAUCUAAGCGAGAUUUUAUAACUGCUAAAGUUCCAAUGUUGGAAAUGGCUGUUCCUGGACUGAGAACUUCAGGUAUAGAACAAUUGGAGAAAAAUCCAUCUCCUCGUCUUGUGAAGACACAUCUGCCAAUUGAUCUCCUUCCUAAGUCUUUCUGGGAGAACAACUGCAAGAUGAUUUAUAUGGCUCGAAAUGCCAAGGAUGUUGCAGUUUCAUAUUACCAUUUUGACUUAAUGAAUAAUUUGCAACCUCCUCCUGUUACCUGGGAAAAGUAUCUGGAGAAUUUCAUGGCUGGAAAUGUGGCCUAUGGCUCCUGGUUUAAUCACGUUAAGAACUGGUGGACGAAAACAGAAGAACACCCAAUACUUUUCUUACACUAUGAAGAUAUGAAAGAGAAUCCAAAGCAAGAAAUCAAGAAGAUUGCUACAUUUCUAGAGAAAAACUUAAAUGAUGGGAUCCUAGAUAAGAUCGUCCAUCACACCUCAUUUGGAAUGAUGAAGAAUAACCCUCUGGUGAAUUAUACACAUAUUCCAAAUACAGUGAUGGAUCACAGCAAAUCUCCUUUUAUGCGCAAAGGCAUUGCAGGUGACUGGAAGAAUCACUUCACAGUGGCCCAAAAUGAGAAAUUCGAUGCCAUCUAUGGGAAGGAAAUGUCUGGAAGUACACUGCAGUUUCGCACGGACUUCUAGAGAACCUCAGCUGCGAUUCUGAAAGAACCAGCAUGCAAUUUGUUGGCACAGGGGCAGUUAUGACUUGAGUUGGGCAAUCAAACGGGUUUUUAAAGAAGCAGACAUACUUUUAAAACUUUGAUCUUUCAGUGUGAUUGAUCAGUUCCCAAUUUUGCUCCUGACUCUGAAAUUCUAAAUUCUAUAAAGUUAAGGCCAAUCAUUACCUUUUUGUAAACUGUUUGUGCCUUUUUGUAGACUAGUAUUUCUGAGAAAGUAUUUACCCUACCCAAUUUCCAUAUAUUUUGGCUGAAAAUUAAGUUUUUCUCCCUGUAACCAUGGCCUGAGAAAUUUGCACAAUGACACCAUAUUUCCUAUCUCUGCCCCAAUUUCCUUUUGCUGCAUAUUUGAUUCUGGACACUCUGUUCCACUGCUGUCUCUGGAUUUCAAGGUGUUCCCUGAGUCAUAGCUCCAGUGCUUCCAAACUCUCUAUUGUGAUAACAUGGUUCUUUGUGGUUCAGACUUUGGAGCUGUUUUUAUCCCUAGUCUGAAUAUCCAAAUUUCUAAUUUCUGAAUUUCCAAAGGUGAAAGGCCUACAUGAGUCUCCUUUGUACUCCUCUUCUCUGGCAACAGGAGCUCUACCCUGAGAGCCUGACUGAGGACUGGAACCUGUUUCCUGGGGACAGUACCUCCCACAUCCAACCAGAGUGUUAUGAACUGCUGAGAAUUGCCUAGUGUUGUGCAUUGGUCUCCAUUUGGGGAUGUCAGUUUAUUUCUUCUUGGUUCCAGUUCCCUGGGCCCUUACUUGUUCUGGAGAUGAGUUCUGACACAUAACCAACACCCUGAGUCACAACUGAGAUGGCUACAUUAACUUGGGUUACAUUUUUCUUCUUGAGGUGAAUCUAUGCUGUAGGCCUCUGUAUGUGGAAUAUCUCCUCUAGCUUGUAACUCGUCUUUCCCAG